GAGCGGCAGGAGAGGAUGCUGAUGAUGAAGCGCAAGAACAUGGAGCGCGAGGAGAAGGAGGGCCGCCCAUCAGCGCGCCAGAGGCGAGCCGCUGACGGCGCUGGCGCUGGAUUCGGUGGUGGUGGCGGUGGGGGUGGUGGUGGGGGUGGGGGUAACGGGUACCAUGGAGAGGGUGGCGGGUCGGAGCACCGAGCGUCUGCGGGUCAGAGGAGGCCGUCCUGUGGGCCCCUUCCUGAUGGGUGGCUCGACUGCCCGUCUAUGGGCGAGGCCAUGGGGCUGCUCAUCCCCUCCAAGGCACCGCUGGGGGAGGCGUUCCGAGAGCUGGUGGGGCCGGGCAAGCGGUGGACGCCGGAGGUGGCUCUCCGGCACACGCGGAGCAUGAAGAAAGACGUGGGGAUGGUGGUCGACCUGACCAACACCACGCGCUACUACAAUCCAAAAGACUGGGCGAAGUUCAACGUGAAAUACGUCAAGCUGGCCUGCAGGGGUCGAGACGAGGUGCCAGACGAUGAGACGGUCAACCGCUUUGUCUAUGUGGCGCUGGACUACAUGCGGGCAACGGAUCGCAAGAAGAGCAUCAUUGUGCACUGCACGCACGGGCACAACCGCACGGGCUUCAUGAUCGUCCACUUGCUCAUGCGCGCCAUGGGGGGCCACGUGGCAGAGAGACUAGCGGAAUUCGCAGAGGCGCGCCCUCCAGGAAUAUACAAGGAGGAGUACAUUCAGUCGCUCUUCACCUUCUACCAUGAGCGGCGCCCCGAGGCGGUGCUCUGCCCGCCCACGCCCGAGUGGAAGGCCACCUUCGACCUGGACCUGGAUCUCAACGUGGCCCUAGAGAUGGACGAGGAGGAGGCGGUUGAGAAGACAAGUGGUGGGGAUGAUGGCAAUGAGGAGUGCGGCGCUGCUGUGCUGCCCGAGCCGGAGGCGGGCAAGGAGGAGGAGGGCAAGAGGAAGAUGACGAUUGACGAUGUGCUGGGGUCCGCGAUACCGGAGGAGCAGCAGUGGGAGCUGCAGCAGAUCGUGUGCUCGGGGCUCAAGUCGAACAAUUUCCGGCACUUCCCCGGCUCGCAACCAGUCUCACUGGAUCUCAAGAACCUGCAGCUGCUGCGGCAGCGGCUGUACUAUGUGACAUGGAAGGCCGAUGGCACGCGCUACAUGAUGCUCAUCUGCCCUGACGGCUGCUACCUCAUCGACAGGAACUUCCGGUUCCGGCGAGUGCAAAUGAGAUUCCCGGCGCGCAAGCACCUACAGCACAAGCCGGUGGACGAUUGGGACGUGCACCGCACCACACUGCUGGACGGGGAGAUGGUGGUGGAUGAGCUGCCCGGCACUGGCGUGCAGGAGAGGCGCUAUUUGAUCUACGACCUCAUGAUGCUUGACAGCGUGCCGCUGGGGGAUAGACCGUUCGCGGAGCGGUUUGAGCUGAUAGAGAGGGAGGUGGUGGCACCGCGCAAGAUGGAUGCCGCGAUGAACCCCCUGUACGACUACAGUCUAGAGGACUUCAAGGUGCGGCGCAAGGACUUCUACAUGCUGAGCACGGUGGGCAAGCUGCUGCACGACUUCAUCCCCAAACUCAGCCACGAGUCCGAUGGACUCAUCCUGCAGCACGGUCUCUUCCGCUUUCUUCCCCGCUCCUCUCCCCUCGUCGUCCCCCGUGCAUGCUGCGGUGCAGAAAUCACCGGAGGGCAAGUGGGUGCUGCUGCUCUCUGA